AUGCGUUCUAUCACGACACCCCUACCGGCGAUCCCGAGGAUCAAGGGUGACGAGAACUUUGAUGAUCUAGUUCGGGCGUUGUCUGUAUUCUUCGUUGAGGCAAUCGACACGAGUCUCGAAUGGGACGAGUUACGAAAGGAUGUGUAUCCACAGGUGUUGAAGCCGCUGGUGAGGUACCUAGUGGGCGAAGUACAGCAUGAAGAAAUCGUUUGUGCGCUGCUCGCUCUCAAGUGGCACUUUGGAGUUCUGGAAGAUGGCGAUGAUAGAGGCGUCAAUGAGACGCGCGGACUGGCCUGCGAGAUGGUUGCUUGGAGAUUUGUGACCCAUCUCACCCGGAAGGAAACGAUCGACUGCCUCUGCCACGAGCUUCCUGCGGACAACAAGUCUGAGUCGCGACCCCACAGCGCCGACGAUGUUGAAGCCGCGAACUUAGACGGCGUAAUGGAAGAUGCUACCAUCGAGCAAGCGCCACUUCUGGGAGGUCGCAUGCCAGAGCUGGACGACUCAUUCUACGACGAAUACCCGCGACAGAGCGAUUACGCAAAGGACGCUCAUUUCUCUACGGUCUUUGCCACUCUGAAUGCUCUGGAAAUCGCUGCGGUCGCGGAAGCGAAGAGAUUUCUGAGUCAAAAGUCCAUUCAGCACAUUAUCAAUGGGAUCUGGAAGGGCGAUGUCGUGUUCUGGACUUCCCUGCAGAAACACUCGACGAAGCGGGCCAAGAUAUACAGGAAGAACCACUCGGAUCCAUUCUGUCGACUGCGGGUUCCGUUGUAUUCCAAGCUCUUCGAGGUCCUGUUUUUCGCAGCAUUCUUGGCGUUUUACUAUGCGGUGCUGGUGCAACGUCCGGUUCAGCAUAUCAGCACACCAGAGAUUAUGCUGUAUGUCUGGCUCGUUUCUUUCGCCUACAACGAGCUUGUGGAAUUUCUUGAUGCUGGUUCAACCUUUUACGCAGCCGAUUUCUGGUCUCUGUGGGAUCUAGGUAUCAUCUUCGUGGGAAUGGCCUUCUUCAUUUUGCGAAUGAUCGGUCUGGCAAAGAAUGAUCACUAUGCUACUGACAUAGCGUUCGACAUCCUCUCGAUCGAGGCUCUCUUUCUUGUGCCGCGCAUCUGCUCAUUGCUGAGUCUGCAUCCCUACUUCGGAAUGUUGCUGCCUGUGCUGAAGGAAAUGACAAAAGACUUUGCCAAAUUCGCCGUGCUCGUUGUGAUCGCCUACGCUGGCUUCAGUUCUGCCUUCAGCGUCCUGGGCAGGGACCACUACACCUUGGGAAGAAUGAAUUGGAUUCUGAUCAAAGUGUUCUUUGGCAGCUCCUACCUGGGAUUCGUAAGUCCACAAAUCCCAAUUCUAGGACCACCCUUGAUGUUCCUGUUCGUCGCGAUGACGAACAUCCUGUUGAUCACAUCCUUGACCUCAUUGUUAAGCAACAAGCUCGAUAAGGUCAUGGAUCACGCCCGCGACGAGUACCUCUUUGUAUACGCUGUCUACGUCCUAGAGGCAUCAACCUCCAACCGAUUGACAUACUUUCUUCCCCCACUGAACCUCAUACCGCUGCUACUCCGUCCGUUGCGGCUGGUGCUGCCGAACCAACAGCUACGCACCUUGAGGAUCUCUCUGCUCAAGGCGACGCACUUUCCUCUGGUUGGUCUGAUUCUUGCUUACGAGAAUGGGCGCUUAUGGAUCCAUGAUCGCCGGACUACGACUCCCGGAGACAAGAUUGGCGUUUCGAAACGACUCAGUCGCCAUCCGAUCGGUCGAAAAGCGCUUUCAUCCGCCCGCGUGCAUCUAUUGGACGAGCAAGCGCAGGCGCCAGACAGAUCUGCCGAAGCGAAUUCUCCGAAAGAGGAUCUUUCUGCGGCAGCCAAUGCAUCUGACGAGACGAUUGAGGCUUUGACGACCGCUGUUGCCGAUUUAAAAUCACAGAUCGAGUCGCUCAGUGAGUUGUUGAAAAAGAAGUCGGCAAUGGUGUCACAAAAGUCGUGA